CCAGUCGGUGGUGCUAAUGCCCUGAAGGCUGGUUUGCCAACCGUCGUAAACCCUCAUAUGAAGAAGAAGUAGCAGAAGAAGAGAACAGUGGAGUUCGUGUGGAUGAGCACUUACUAUUCAGUAUAAAGAAUGGCCUGACAUAAUAUCUGGACUACAAAGCUGAGCUCCACCAGCAGUUGGAGGUUGUACAACACAACCACCCAUCACUCUGGAUAUCUGUUUUGAAACUUGACCACCUCCAGCAACUAUAAAGAGACAAUGUACUGCCUCCAGUGGUUACUUCCCGUCCUGCUGAUCCCAAAGCCGCUGAACCCAGCUCUGUGGUUUAACCAUUCAAUGUUCAUGGGUUUCUACUUGCUUAGCUUCCUGUUGGAAAGGAAGCCAUGCACCAUUUGUGCCUUAGUGUUCCUUGCAGCAUUGUUCCUCAUCUGUUACAGCUGCUGGGGGAAUUGCUUCCUUUACCACUGCCAUGACUCUCCACUGCCAGACUCGGCACAUGAUCCCAACAUUGUGGGUACCUAGACUCCAGAGCCUCAAGAAAUCCUCCUCAAUGCUUCUUGGACAAACCCUGGACAGUGUCUGACUGUGAACGAUCAAAUAUGUAAUGAGAAAUGCUGAGAAAUUUGCAGAAGAGAGCCUCACUGAAGUCAUACUUUAAUCACAAACUAACUUGCUGUCAAUUUAUUUUUCAUUCUGUAAGGCAAAGCAGUUUCAAAUCUUGGUCCAUCUUGGUUGCUUGUAUGGUUCUUCUGUUUAAAAUUUUCAGCCCAAAUUUCCUUUAAUUAAUUGGAUGCUGAAAGAUUCUGAUGUGUGAGCAUGUAUGAGUUUUAUCAUAUAACUUUCUGUUCUUGUCAGUCAGUUUAAGUCCCAGGGUCUGUGGUGACUUCAGUGGUGGUGAAUGUCCAAACUGUGCUUAUUAGGGCUCAGUAAUGAGCUGUACUUGUGUGCAGCCCAGUUUGUUCAAAUGCCGCUGCAGCUUUUAAUUCAAUAAAGUUCAUAAUGUGCAUAAA